AUGGAGACCGACAGCGUGUUCUGGGGGGUGUCGCGACCAACGGCGCACCGUCCGGGCCUGGCCGACUGGCAGGUGGUGGCCCAGUCGGCCCGGAGCCUGGCUCGGGUACUGCUCGCUGACCGGCCACCGGCUGCACCUCCGGACGGCCCGCUCCCAGUCCGGCACCGCAGUCCGGCCGACGGCGACCGGCCCGACGACUGCCUCGUCAUCGGCCAGAGCCCGUGCCUGGCGACCAACAGGAUGGACCUGGCCGAGUACGAGCCGGUGCGGCAGGGUGCAGUGAGUACCGCGCCAUCCAAUCCCCAGUCCUCCGCCGACCGGCCACUCGGCGUCGACCUGGGCAACGCUGACGUGCACGCCAUCGACCUGGCGUUCGAGAUGCUGGACCGCGAGCUGUUCGAGAUGAUAGCGUUCAAGACCAACGCGCACGCCCGUCGCCGCCGCGACACGGAGCCCUUGCUGCACGACUGGGAAGGACACUGA